ACCUCAAGAAAGUAACUGCUCACACGACAAUUGGUCGCGCGGCCAUAUCAUGCACAAGGUACGAGCAGCCGGCAGCAAGGGUCUCGGAGUCUUUGCGACCAAACUCAUCCCUCGAGGAACUCGCAUCUUUGCUGAACGCCCCAUCUUCGGGAUUCGGAACGGGCAGGGGCCAAAGGACAUCUAUCCAGCUUUUCUGGCGCUGAAUCACGCCGAUAGAGCGACCGUGCUGGGACUCAGCUCGCACGCGACUCACCGGCUUGAGUUCUUGAGGUGGGUGCAUGUGGCAAGGUACACGUUGUCGUCGUGGACGGCUCCAUCCAUCACGAGCCUAAGAGAGCACAAGACCUUGUUGAACGUCUUUCGAAGCAACGCGUUUUCUCUCAAUGCAGAUUCGGAGUACGCGCAAGCCAUCUUUCCUCGGAUCGCCAGGCUGAAUCACGAAUGCGUGCCCAACGCGCAGGCCAACUUCAACGACCAGGCGAACGCCAUGCACGUGCAUACCUUGCGAGACGUGCAGCCCCAUGAGGAGAUCACCUUGUCGUACCUCGACGACUCUGGAGAGAUGAAGACGCUGGACCGCCAGCAGAAGCUCGAGUCAUACGGCUUCGUAUGUGCAUGUCCAAUAUGCGCGGAGGGCCAGCCGUCAGCGAGCGAUAGCGCCAAACGGAGACAAGCCAUCGAUCGUGUCAUGGAAUCUCUCAGCGAACGCGUCUCUCAACAAGAGACGCAAGCCAGCCGGAGCCACGAGCUUGAAGCGCUGAUGGAGAUCAUCGAGUUGAUGCGCGCUGAGGGCUUGGUAGGAAGGGAGCUUGCCGCUCGCUACUUCGCCGCUGCGGAAUGGCACAUGGAGCUGGGUGAUUUGCAGGGCGCUGUCGUCUGUGCCACCAAGGGCCUGGAGAUCGACCAGUAUGCGCUCGGAGAGGACCACGAGACGUACGUGCAGAAUCAGGCCAAAGUCGCCGGAUACACAGAGGCGCUUGCAGCAAUGGGCGCCAGAACGUGACUCGUAGACUCCACGCGCAAAUGAAGCCUGCGCAUGCCCUGCCAUCUGAGCGCGGCUCGGGCCUAGCGACGCCGCCUGUGUCUACUUAGAGCGCUCCUUUAUGCCUUUGGGUCGUCUCCUAUGGAAGCUUUUCCAGACACGUCGUGUCCAGAAUUUGUUCUGAUCGCUCUCUAUCUGAGUCAAACGCUUAGAGUUGUACUAUUGCAGCUUCGCCCAAACUGACCGCAUCUUAACUAAAGGUGCAGCUUGUAUAAUAUCAGAGCGAGUUUUGCGAUCCGACUACUGUUGGUCAAAACUCAGAAGCAAUCUAGAAUGGAAAUCCAUCCACCUAUGUUAAAAGAAAGGCCAACCUGGACGUCGCAAUCCUGGCACGAAUGAAUCUGUCUUCUUUUUUUUUCGAUCUCUUUUGUAUUUCACAAAAAGUCAUAAUUCAA